AUGUAUGCACAGAACCGCGCGCGCAGGAGUUACGGCGCAGCCAACGUCAGACUGGAGGGCAAGCGUGUCUCGCCCAUCUCGGAGGAGGAUCAAGCGUCGGUCAACCCUUCAUUGAACACGGUCCUCGAACGACCAGCGGAAAAUGUGCGCACAUUGUCGACAGUAUCUACCGAGUCCACGGGUUCCUCGAAGACGGUGAAGGGCAGCAUGCCUCCCACUCCGGCAGGACAGCCACUUCGCACGCCGUCCUAUCCGUUCCCUUAUGUUCCUGGAACUCCGAGGACAUGGUCGUCUACCUUUCAUCAACCAUUUACGACACUGUCGCCCACCGUCUCAAAUCAACCGAGGAAUGAGAGCGAGACUCCGAGGAAGAUGAGCUUUGGCGUGCUGUCGGGUGAUUCCACUCCAGCGGGUAAUGCAAUGUUCUUGCCUCCUGGUGGCACUGAAUUUGGCGGGCUCGAAGAUCCUCGCUAUCCGACGCCGAACCUUUAUGACCUGGUACUGCAGCUUAACUCGGAGCCUGGUAUGGAGCAGUGGUGGACCACUGUUACGAAUAUCCUUCAUGAUCAUUUUGAGGCCGACAGAGCAUCUCUUGUCCUUCCCGUCGAUCCCACAGACAUUGAAAAUGUGCCCUGGGGUCAGAAGUCGACGUUUAGCAUGCGCGGGGCGGAAGAGUGCGCUGCAGGACGGACAGAACGCACGCGGCCGAAUACACCAGGUCUCCUACAGCGACCAGAAUUUGUCAUACGGGAGCCUUCUAGUGAUGCUCCGGCGGAUGUACGGCCCCAGAAGCUCCACCCAGAAAGACUCAGGCCUCGUCUGGAUCAGCGGCACUCGUACGCAGGUCCUGGCCGAGAAGCUCGGGACAUACCUUCACGAGAUUACGAGGAGUACGAACAGCACCCCACAUCACCUUGGGCACAGUCUCCUGCGCCAUCACCAGCCAUUCAAGCGGACGAGGAGACCAAUCCAUUCUUCGCGCAAGAUGAUCAUCAGUUGGAGGACUCGUUCAAUCCUGCCGUUAGUCCCAAGGAUUAUGCGCAGUUCGCCCAAGUCGAGGCCAUCGGAGUGGACCAUGCAAGCACCAUCAUUCACAUUCCAUUGAUCCAUCCCACACUCUCGCAGCCAAUGCAGUCAUUAAAGGUGGCCGCUCGAUCUAAAGGCCAGCCACACGAGAUGCAGCGUAGCAACACGGUCGAUGUGGAAAGAAAAGCUCCAAUUGCGAUCCUCUCGAUUCUGACCGCCACAGUACCCUAUCCGCACAAUCUCACCCACACGCUCAAGCUGCUAGGGCCUCAUCUGGCCACCUCCUUCGCCAUAGCACAACAAUUAUCCGCGAACAUAAAUCGCACAGUCAGCAUUCGACACAGAAGGACGAAGAGUGGGCACAAUGCCACCAGUUCUCCGAUGACGAUCGAACCAAUCACGUCGCUCAACGAACUUGCCCAUGCCGACCUCGAAGAUCCUGAUUCUUCAAUAUCCGAGCCUAUGACGAGCCCCUCCGAGUACUCAGGUCGGUCGCGCAUCAGCCCUGCCGGCUCGAUCGUUGGUACUCCAGGGUGGGAUCCGGCCGCUCAUGGAUGGACAGCAGGUCGCUCCGCAGCAGGUACGCCUGCGCUCACUGGUUCGGAAAUGGUCGACAACUACUUUGACUCCAAGAAGCGAUCUGGCAAUCGGUCCGCAAGCAAUGCUAGCAUUACGAAUACCCCUGCCAAGUCAGCGAAGAAGAGCUCAAGCAGGGAAGGCAGGGCAAGCGGGCAUGGUGUCGAGGAUGACGCAUCGAAGACUCCUCGCACUCCUUCGCAGCAGCGUCCUAGUAUGCGCCCAACAAUGUCGCAUAUGCCAGACAUGAACCAAGCGAAGCAGCACUCACUUCUCCACUCGUACGGUGCAGACUUCCAGCAUUCUUUUGGUCCUUUGCCAGCGACCGAACAGCUUGACGCUCGUAAACCAGGUGCAGGUACUCAUGUACGCAAAGGCUCGUACCCCGAGGACAUGCCACCACCCUCUGAACGACUUCUACGAACGAUUAUCGAUUCUGUUCCCGUGCAAAUUUUCACCGCGCAGCCAGAGACUGGCUCCCUCAGCUGGGUCAACUCCAAGUUCCUAAUCUACCGAGGCCAGGAGCCGCGACAGGUUCUACAAGACCCAUGGCAAGCGAUACAUCCCGACGACCGGAACGAGUUCCUCCCUGCGUGGCACCGAUCUCUGAGGACGAAUCAGCAAUUGCAGCAAAAAGUGCGCCUGCAGAGAUUUGAUGGCAGCUACCGUUGGUUCUAUGUCAGGGCGGCUCCGCUCAAAGACAAGCGACAGAAAGUCGUACACUGGAUCGGUACCAUGAUGGACUUUCACGAGCAACAGAUUGCUGAGAUCAACUCGGCUCGACAACAAGAGACUGCGGCUUCGGAGGCCAAAUAUCGCACACUGGCCAACUCAAGUCCGCAGAUUGUCUUUGCUGUCAAUCGUGUCAAAGGCAUCACUUUUUGCAAUACUCAGUGGUUGCAUUAUUCCGGACAAACAGAAGCACAAGCUCUUGGCGUUGGGUUCAUGGACUACGUACAUCCAGACGAUCUCGCUAAGUGUAGAUUGCCAUUGUUUGAUGGCGACUCCAACACGCCGAACAACGUACCUACCAGUGUACCAUCCGAGCCGAAGCGCACAGUCUCAAUGUCGACCACGUCGGACGACUCGUCGGAGACCGAGAAGGGUGGCGGUUCACGGUCUGACUUCACGUCAUCGCCAGUUGGACACAUGCCGCAGCGACAAUUGUCCGAGCUGGCCAGCGUUGGAAUCUUGAAGGUCACUCGAGAUGCAGAUGGAAGGCCGUCGUAUUCCACCGAGGUCCGGCUAAAGUCGAGGGACAAUGACUACAGAUGGCAUUUGGUCCGGGUCCUCCGCGCCGAGCCCACUGUCCUGCCAAACGAAGAAGAGACGUGGUACGGGACAUGCACCGAUAUCAACGACCACAAAACGCUCGAGCGUGACCUGAAGGAGAACAUGGAUGAGAAGUCCAGAUUCUUGAGCAACAUGUCGCAUGAGAUACGUACUCCUCUGAACGGCAUCACUGGUAUGGUGAACUUCCUCAUCGACAGCAGUCUAACUGCAGAGCAAAUGGAACAUGUCAAUAUCAUCAGAGCUAGCACAGAAGGCCUGCGUGGAUUGAUCAACGACAUUCUGGACUUGUCCAAAGCAGAGGCUGGCAUGAUUCAGCUGAGUAUGGACUGGCUUUAUGUUCGAGCCCUGAUCGAAGAGGUCAAUGACCUGACGUCUGCAAUGGCCAUCGACAAAGGCUUGGAACUCAACUACGUGGUCGAAGAGGAUGUGCCACCACAAAUCAAAGGCGAUCGAUUCCGCAUUCGUCAGAUUUUGCUCAAUAUUGUUGGCAACGCGAUAAAGUUCACUCAGACUGGCGAGGUGUUCAUCAGAUGCUGUCUCCAGACUGGCACGGAUGACCUGGAGGAGAAUGAAGCAUUCAUCAAUUUCGAGAUCGUUGAUACUGGGCGUGGCUUUACUGAUCAGGAGGCGGAAUAUCUUUUCAAGCGUUUCAGCCAAAUUGACGGCAGCAGCACUCGGCAGCAUGGUGGAACAGGACUUGGCCUGGUAAUCUCUAAGCAACUGGCCCAGCUCCAUGGCGGUGACAUGAGCGCCAGAGGUGUGCCCGGAAAAGGAUCAACAUUCACCAUCGCAAUCAAGACGACAUUACCAUCGAAGAUCGACGCGCCGCCUCCACCCACACCUGGUAUUACGAGGGUAACGUCAAUCGAUGCAUCUCCGGGCGCUUUCAUAUCUUCCACGAUGCCACAGAUGACGAAAGUGCCGUCAAUUCCAGAGUUACCUAUUGCCAAACAGUGGGCCAAGUUCGCCCCCGAGGUCACUCAAUCUCCACCGAUCUACUUGCAGUCGCCGGGGAAAGAAUCUCCCUCUUACAGUAGGGAGGCUACAGUGCGCCACAUCGACAUGACACUACCAGGCAACAUUCCGCACCAGAUCACUGCGCGUGAAAGUUUUGAAGAGUGCCGCGCUAUGCUUGGAGGCGAGGAUCCGGUCAUCUUCACCCAUAUUGUGGUUGUUCUCCAAGAGAUCGAUGAGAUCAUCGCCUUGAUGAAUGAAGUAUUCGCACCGAAGACAUCAUCCACGGCCAUCGUGCUCAUCACGGACCUCGCGCAACGUCGCAAGAUCAUGGAGCAAGCACCGAACUACGACUACGAGGCCCUCGUCGCCAACAGACGCCUUCGCUUUAUCUUCAAGCCUCUGAAGCCGUCCCGCUUCGGCCUCAUCUUCGACCCACAACAGGAACGCGAGCAAUCCCUCGACCGCAACCAAGACAGCGCGCAACAAGUCGCCGUCAAUCAAAAGCAAGUUUUUGAAGAACUCUCCGCCCGGCUGGGCAACCAGGACAAACGCGUCCUUCUCGUUGAAGACAACAAAGUCAACCAAAUGGUCAUCCUCAAAUUCCUCGCCAAAGUCUCCAUCAAAGCCGAUACCGCCCUCGACGGCGUGCAGUGCACAGACAAAGUUUUUGCCAAACCUCAUGGAACGUACUCCAUUAUCCUGUGCGACUUACACAUGCCGAACAAAGACGGAUACCAAACGUGCAAGGAGAUCCGCAAGUGGGAGAGGAAGAAUAAGCACCCUCACCUCCCAAUCAUCGCGCUGUCGGCGAAUGUAUUGGGCGAUGUGUACCAAAAGUGUGUCGACGCGGGGUUCAAUAGUUACAUGACGAAACCGGUGGACUUCAAGGAGUUGAGUCAGGUGUUGAUGAGUUUUAUGGACCCGAAGGAUCCGAGCAAGCCGCAUGAGUUGAUGCGAUUGAAGAGGGAGAAGUCAACUAUUGGGGCCGCGCGCUGAGUGGAAAAGGCGAGAGUGCGGGAGGUUGCUUUGCAUGCACUCUGUGCGCCGAAUCGCAUUUUUAUUUUGGAGUUUGAGCGGGAUUGAGAAGCGACUUUCUGUGUGUACCACUACUACCACCAUCAUCGUUAUGGAUGCAAGAGAAUGGCGACGGCGCGAACUGUGGACUACAGCGGCAUAGACGGUCUGGUGGCAUUGUCCAUUGGCGCUCUUUUCUGAUGGAGCAAUUGGGCGAGUGGGAGGCUCCUAGGAUAGGAGUCUAAUUUCGGUUCGUUCAGACGAA